UGCAGUUCUGCGGCGACGUGCGGAGGCAGGCGCUCCUGCAGCUGUGCCUGCUGCUCUGCCACCCCUUCCCCCUGAUCCGGAAGACCACGGCGAGCCGGGCGUACGAGAUGGUGCUCACCUACAGCGACGUCGUGGGCGCCGGCGCGCUGGACGAGGUCCUGGCUGUGCUCAGCGACACGGCGUGGGACGCGAAGCUCCCAGAGGUGAGAGUGCAUCGGAAUCGCCUGUGCGACCUCCUGGGCGUGCCCCGCCCCCAGCUGGUGCCCAAGAGUCAACCUCACGGAUUUGCACGAAUGAUACUGAGUCCUCUGGUCCUGCGGUUUCUGCAGUGCAGACGACACCUGUAACUGGCCCACGGUUCUUGGAUCCUCUUGGCCCACCAACUCCUGAAGCCGGUCCCACGUCCUGUUCCCGAGGGAGGAGGAACCGGACGCCACGGCAACACGGGAAACCUGGCGAGACGGUCCCAUCGCAGGGUGAACAAGGCUGGCGUGUGGCGCCACCCGGCCCAGGUGAGGACUGCAGCCCUUGCGGACAGUGUCCCCGCCCCACCAAGGGCAGGCUGUCGGGCAGACCCAUCUGGCCCCGCCGUCAGCGUAGACGAGAACCGUGACUGAGCUUCCCUCACGCGUGGGCACAGAUGUCCCACGCUUGCUGACACUCCCAAUGAGGACAACACGAGCUCACACUCCGACCUGGCACGGUGAAGCUGCUGGAGUGAGAUCUUGGUUGUACCGAGAGAAAAGACAGUGCGGCCAGGCAGUUCAAGCAGGUUGGAAAAGUCAUGAUGUGGAUUUCUCAAUUUUUCUUUAGUUUUGUCAAACUUCACGCUAUGUACUAGGUGCUUGUAGGUUUAUACAGUAUAAAUAUCAUUCGGGAAAGAACAAAAUGAAGUCAUUGAAAUAAAAAUAAGCUUUUCUCAUGUGUGUUAA